CAGACUAGUUAGAGCACGGCACAGAGUUUGGGUGCCUGAGAGUGUCCCUGCUACGGAAUCAUCGUUGCCUUGUGGCACCCCGCAUCUGCCCACAGAAGGGAUUGGACACAGUUCAACCCAUGGGCAAGAAAUGCAAGACCAUUGGCAAGGAUGAAACAUACACGCAACGAGUCUGGGUCUUGGAAAAUGCUUAUCUUCGUGGCCUCUGUUCCUGUUGCGCCGACAGCUAUAAUUAGCCCUCUCCACUGUUGUCCCGCCGAACAAGCUCAUCGCGCACCCGCUCGUACUCGCUCACGAAUUACCCGAUUCGGUAAUACCACCAUGGAUCUCCUCCAGGGUCAUCUUACAUAUAAGACCAUCAAUCCAGAGAUUGAGAAUUUCAGACUCUCACACAUCCAACCGUUCUUAGAAGCCAGAAUCGUAUUUUACUUCAGUCCGUGAACUCUCAUCAUGGACUUUCAAUUCCACCCCGGUGUCAAUGGCUCCGACCCUUAUGUCGACUUCUAUCCUUACACACCCUCUGCGACAGCCGGGUACGCCUUCAUGGCCAUUUUCGGCAUUACGACCCUUGUUCACUUCGUCAUGAUGUUUCCUUACCGCGCCGCAUACUUUAUCCCGCUUGUGAUCGGGGGAAUAUGUGAAACCUUUGGCUACUAUGGCCGUGCCUGGUCCCACCAAGGCCGGACCCUCAUCGGCCCCUGGGCCCUGCAAGAGAUGCUCAUCCUCUGCGCGCCGCCCUUCAUCGCCGCCACCAUCUACAUGAUCCUCGGACGCAUGAUCGUCGCCUUCGCCGCCGAGCACCACUCCGUCAUCCGGCCCAAAUGGCUCACCAAGAUCUUCGUCCUCAACGACGUCAUCUGCUUCCUGACGCAGAUCGCCGGUGCCGGGGUGCAAGUCACCGGUGACGAGCACCUCAUGAAAACGGGUAUCAAAGCCGUCCUGGCAGGAUUGAUUUUCUCUCUGGUGAUCUUCCUAUUGUUUGUGUGGGUGGCCGUUGUAUUUCACCUGCGGUUGAGUCGCGAGCCAACGUGGGUGGUCAAUGAGAAUCCGUGGUUGAUGGACGGAUGGAAGCGGUAUAUGUGGGCGUUGUAUGUGGCGUGUGGGACUUUGAUGGUGAGAAACUUUGUCCGGACGGUGCAGUUUGGGGCCAAUGAGACAUCGCCCUUGAAUACCGAGGAGGUCUAUAUCUAUGUGUUUGAUGCCGCGUUGAUGUUUGCUUCUAUGGCCGUGUUGGCGGUUUAUCAUCCGGGGACGUUGAUUAAGAAGGCGAGGAGGACCAAGGAGGCGGCGGAGUAUUGUCAGCCCAUGACAGAUAUUGGGCAUGAGGAGAGGGGGGCUUAA